UCUUCACUCAUGCUGUGACCAGCGCCCCAAGGGGUGGUUGGAUGACUUCGAUUUCAUGUACUUAUGCUGAUGAAUUCGGCAAAGAAAAUUCCGCCGAAGCAGGCAAGUUAUCUGCAUGUCAUUUCAGACUCGCCACAUGUCUAUUAUAAUCAGCUCUCUCGAUUAGGGCACGUUCCUGUUCAUGUCGGGCAAUCUCGGAACACCAUCACAAUCACGAAAAUGCCCUUCUCCACUCAUGGAGGACCGAAAGUGGGGCCUGGUGGGAUGGAACGAAUGCGGAUGUCAGAUCCAUUGGACUACACUCAAGGAGUAAGGGACCAGAAAUAUGCAUUGAAGCGAGGAGGUCCCCUACCCGACGGUCUUGUAGGGUGGGAUGGGGACAAGCUUCAAAGUCUAUUUGAUAGCAUCUGGGGUCUUGAAGGCUGGGCAUUGGUCCGGGCAGAGCUUCCAAGGUUCGAUUCUCCACCAUCCAUCGACCCCCAGCGAAAGCGUGAAGAAUUGAAAAGACUUGCGGAGGGCUUAAAGGAAAUGUUCGCUGCUGCCAAAACCCUGGCCAGGGCUCACAAUGUAAUAUAAUUAUAUCCAUGUAUGACAUUAAUG